AUGAUGAGCCUCAAGCUUGCGGACGAGUUAAGGCAGCACAUUACUGACAGCGAAACACACAACCCAAGUUACUAUGGCACCCCCCGAUAUCACGUGCCAAUCAAAACUGGAACAACACAUCUGGCAGUACUGGCAGCUAAUGGAGACGCGGUGUCGCUUACAAGCACUGUCAAUGGAUAGUAAGAACACUUCUUUAGUGUAAAGCAUGUUACCGUGACUUAGUAUACUUACACCGGGUUUGUACUUAAUUGGAGAUGCCAACCAGUCGAGUAGUAUAGGUAAUUGUGUAUCUUACUGGAAAAUUGAAAAAAAGGAAUUUGGCAAUUAUUUUUCAAAAGUAUGCCAACUUAGACUUGACAACUUCUUUGUUAUAGUUUACAGCGUUUUACUCACUCUGAAGAUUCGAAGAUCUAUACAACCUCCUCAAUAGGAAACUUAUCAUUAAUUUAAAACUUGAGUUAUUAAAUGUAUCGUGACUUGCUUUUUCACAGUUUUGGAGCAAAGUUUCUUUCAAACAAACUCGGUUUUGUCUACAACAACGAGAUGGACGACUUCAGCGCACCAAAUGUAACGAACGAGUUUGGACUGCCCCCUUCACCUGUAAAUUUCAUCAAGCCUGGCAAGAGACCACAAUCCUCAGCGGUCCCUGAGAUGAUACUUGACAAAAAAGGCAAUGUGCUGAUGACGAUUGGUGCUGCGGGCGGUACUAUUAUAACAACGUCGGUAGCACAGGUUAGUUUGUUGUAUAUAACAAUCAUUAUGUUCGAUUCACGUUAGUGACCGAGAGUGAGGGGAAAAUCUCAGACCGGGGCCUUGAUGAAAGCCGAGGUCUGAGAUUUUCCUGUAAUGACCGAACGGACAAUGAUAAUAAGUCAUUCAUUCAGUGUAUGGCCUUUUGGGGGAUUUUCUUAAAAAGAACACAUUAAAAAACACCGGAAUUUUCAACAUUCGCUUGCGUGCGCAAGAGGUCAUUUGAGGUCGUACUAAAUUACUAUCGGUACGUUAGUAUUUUUCUCUCUGUGACUGGAAUGAUAUAGUUAUAUUUUGUCGUUAUUUUUUGUUGUUUUCCCCCUCGCACUCUUCGCUUUUACUAACAGCUCAAAAAAGCCGUCCAGCCGAAAAAAAUUUUCAAGAUGUCUUUAAUACAAGAAAAUCUUGCCCGUCAAUCAGCCAAUCGGAGAGCGGGUACUAUUGUCGUGUAUUGUAGCCAUACAGUAACAUCUUGGUAAUACGUUUUUUAGCGGUUUUUGCCAUUAAUUGUUAUUGUCUGAUCAGGUUUGAAUAGUUAGAUGGAUCUAACAUCAACUAAUAUUAUUGGACGAUGACAUCAUGUUGGAGCAAUAUGUUGGAUUCGUGUGAAUGGGCUCUUAAAACUAAAAGGUUUCGAAUACCAGGUUAAACCUGUUCAUGCCCUUAUAAGUCACUGAUUUCACUAUAUCAUAGGAUAGUUAUAGGAUACUUGUGUGAAUUUUCCUAGUACAGCGGAAGUUCUGUUGUGACCGAUUCCAAUUCCGAACGGAAAAUUCCAUCAUCAAUGGCAGAUCGAGAAUCUGCGGCUGACUCUCGUACAGACAUUCUCACAUCUUACAACAUCGUUUUUGUUUUGCAGGCAAUCAUGAACUAUUUCUGGUUCAAAAGGGAUCUGCAGAGUGCCAUCACGAUGCCGCGAGUUCACGAUCAACUAUUCCCAAGCUCUGUAUUUGCAGAAACCAAGUUUCCUAAAGAAGUAGUGAAGGGGCUUGAAGCCAUUGGACAUAAGGUUUGUAAUUACUGCAAGUUUCUUCACUGUAAGGCCACAAAAACGAAAGCUGUCAAAUUGCUGCCUUUCUUUGAUUUAGUUUUAAAAAAAUCAGGGAAUGACCGAGGCCAACAAACAAAGUCUCUCCAUCCACACCAAGCAUGAAUUGUACAGGGGAAGUUUUCACCGGUUAACUUAAUUGCAUUUCUAAGGACAAAAUAAGCACAGAUAGUCAUAAGACUUUGUUAAUUGAUCCCUAAAAGACUACGAGGUUACAUAUUCUCCUUUUGGAUCCCCUUAGCACGAGCCCAUAAUCUGGAGCGAGCAACUUCCAUGUACCCGUGUCACGGAGUUUUCACGGACCAGUUUAUUUUUAGAACGGUUUUGGCGGGAAUUUAGAAUAUCUUUAAACUCCCACAAAUUCCAGUCAGCAAAACCCACAGACCUAAAAAUGAUAAUUUUUGCCUUUUAAUGACGUUACGUUUUCCUUUUUGAUAUCUUACACUUCGAAUGCGUUCAUAGACCUGGCGUAGAUUCCAUUUUCGCGGGAAAAAUUGUCCUAAAAUGUGUCUAAAAAUAAAUCGGUCCGUAAAAACGCUGUGAAAUAGGCCUAGUAUGGGAGUUGCUCGCCCCGGGUUAUCGGCUCCUGAUGUUGGUUAUAAUUUACUCAGUUCCGGUAUUAUUGUAGUCGUGAUCAUUAGCCCGCGCUUUUGUAUUAGAAAGCACCUCCGGCUCAAGGCUUUAAUUCGAUCUUCUGUUGUUUUUCCAAAGGUUAAAGUGAGCGACGUUAGUCAUGGUGUGGUACAAGGAAUUGUGAAAAAACCUUACAAAUUCAAACUAGUUGACACUCAUGGAAGACGAAAGGGAUACGUGUAUGGUCUGGUACCACAAAUCUAUGCUGAGUCUGAUUACAGAAAAGGAGGACUUCCCGCUGGAUACUAA